AUGGAUGAGAUAGACAAUGAGUUUGGACCUAUUAAACGUUCAAGCACUAAGGUGACACCUAGUAAGAUUAUUAAGGACGGUUUGGAAAAUCAUGAUCAGGUACGAGCAUUAAAGAGAAUUAAGUUAUUUACGAAGGAUAUGCAUGAGCAGCACAAGCCAAAUGACGAUGAUAUCACUGAAAAGGAACGCUAUGUUUUAGAGCGCUUACCGCUGCAGAUACCGUUUGCCAAACCUGACAGCAUGACGUCUAAUGAAAGUACGGAAUCAGAGAGUUUGUCGGAAUUCCAAGAUUUGCGGAUUCACUUACUGCGGAAGUUGAAUAACACACUUCCAGUCGGCGACAGAACUUUACCAGCGUUUUUAAGACCGGCUGCAAUGGAAAUUGAGCGAACACUAAAGCUCUCGGUCAUUCAAAAGGAAAGCAAUUCUGUCAUUGUUGUUUCACCUAGGUCAUCUUACAAGACGUCAACAGUUAACUAUCACUUAGACGCACUAGCCCAGGACCAUCCAAAGCAGUUUAUAGUGGUUAGGCUGAAUGGAGAUAUACAUUCCGAGAACGCUGCAAUCAACAGUAUUGCCACACAACUCGAAAACGAGUUGUCUAGAAUACGUAGCACAAAAGAUCUGGAUUUUCAGCUCAGUCAAGGAUCGCUUACCGAGGUUUUUGAGAACGUGCUAAAAUUGCUUGACUCUGUAGCAGUGCAAAUGGGCCGUCGUCAGACGGCACUGCCUCGUGCAGAAAAGCUGACCGUUAUUUUUAUAUUUGACGAAAUAGACAAGUUUGCAGGACCCGUGCGUCAAACGUUACUUUACAAUUUAUUUGAUAUGGUAGAGCACGCAAGAGUUCCAGUAUGCAUACUCGGCUGUACCACUAAGCUGAACGUGUUAGAAUUCCUGGAGAAAAGGGUCAAAAGUAGGUUUUCACAAAGACUAAUAUACCUCCCGCAGAUUGCCGCUUUUGACGAAUUUCAGCAAGAGACCAAAAGUCUUCUCUCUGCUAAUUUGGACACACCAAAUGCCAGUCUUUGGAACACAAAAGUAGAAGCUCAAAUCAAGGAUCAAGAUUCCCCGCUAUCGAAGAUUGUAAAAGCCAAUUAUGAAACGUUCAGAGAUCUUGCUCUCCUAAGAAAUGCUGCUUUUACUUUGGUCAGCAGGGCAACUUCCAUGCAAUCACUACUGCAUGCAAUUGAAACCUGCGAAGAAAUCAAUGCCUAUAAUACAAUGCAGCUCUCUAAUAGUUUGCAUGCCAAAGUUAGAGCCCUUAGCGACCUCCAACUUUCAAUACUUCUCGCAGCUGCCCGUGUUGCCCUCAAAAAUGAAGAAAACGUCAACUUCAAUCUUGCAUGCGAGGAAUACACCAAAAUGGUAAAAUCAAUGAACUCAAGGAUACCUACAGUGGUAGUGGCCAACUCCAAAGGUGUUACACUCGAAAAUACUCCUCACGUUUGGAAAAAAAAGGACCUUAAGAACAUAUGGGAAACACUCAUAGAUCUAGAAUUGGUAGUGGAAAAGGGUUUGAUAGCUAUCCGUCAAUCAGCCCAAUCCGCAUUUCAAGCUACUAACCAUUAUACUGCGAACGGUGUGAUGCCUUAUGACUUAAAAACCUAUCAGGUUCCUAUAACACUGCAAGAGCUUCGAAGAAUAGUUCCGAAAUCGUCCAAGCUAUAUAGCUGGACCCAAAUAUGA